UUAGAAAAUGGGCAUUAGAAGCUGCUCUCAGUAAAAAUUAUUUUACUGUUUCAGCUAUAUACUGCAGUAAUUUAGUUUGAAUUUGAAAUAAUUUUGAACUAGUCUUUAGGAGUGAACUAAUCUCUAGGAGUUAGUUAUUUUCAGCAUAUUUUGUGCUGAUUUUUAGGUCUUUUAAGUUAGUAUUUCUCUUAUAAAUUGUAGUCCAAAUGCAGUAAAAUAACAUAGAAUUUUCAGCUUAAGUUCCUUUUAUAUCUAUUCCAGUAUAUUUUUUCUAUUAUCUUGUCAUCUUCCCAGUUAUUUCUCUUAAUUUCUUUUAUCAAGAACCAAUAAUUGGUAUCAGAGCCAUCUUCUUAAGGGACCUAAGUAAAAUCUUUUCUUGAGUGAGAUGGAGACUGAAAUGAGUUUUUCUCAAUUUGCUCCUCUAGUCUUUGAUGGUGAAAAUUACCAACUGUGGGCAGUGAGAAUGGAGACUUACUUGGAGGCUUUAGAUCUUUGGGAGGCCGUGGAAGAGGAUUAUGAUGUUCUUCCGCUGCCUAACAAUCCCACCAUGGCCCAGAUCAAGAGUCACAAGGAAAGAAAACCAGAAAAUCAAAGGCGAAAGCAACUUUGUGUACUGGUGUGUCUGCAACAAUUUUCACGCGAGUUAUGGAUCUCAAAUCAGCAAAAGAAAUAUGGGAUUAUCUGAAGGGAGAAUAUACAGGAGAUGAAAGAAUACGAGGCAUGAAGGUGUUGAAUUUAAUAAGGGAAUUCGAGUUGCAGAUAAUGAAGGAAUCUGAGACUGUCAAAGAAUACUCAGAUCGGUUGCUUGGCAUUGUUAACAAGGCACAAGAGCAAAGGAGGCUUAUGAGGCAAGAUGGUAUGGUUGAAGGAGCCCUGGCAGCCAACCACAAAACUCAAAGCAAGGGUAAUAAUGUUAAAAAAAUUUACCCGCCUUGUCAGCAUUGUGGCAAAAAAGGUCAUCCACCAUUCAAAUGUUGGAAGAGGCCAGAUGCAAAGUGCAAAAUUUGCAACCAACUUGGUCAUGAAGCUGUAAUUUGCAAAGGCAAAUAUCAAAAGCAUGAAGCAGAUGCCCAAGUCGCCAAUGAAGAAGAAGAAGAUCACUUGUUUGUGGCAACUAUUCUUUCAACCAAAAAAUCUGAUUUUUGGUUGAUUGAUAGUGGUUAUACAAACCACAUGACAUAUGACAGAAAUCUUUUCAAAGAGUUCACGUCUAUAGGAAAUAAGAAAGUCAGAAUUGGAAAUGGUAAUUAUAUUCUUGCUAAAGGAAAAGGAACUGUUGCAAUCCCAACAAAUUCAGGUACUAAGAAAAUUUCAGAUGUUCUUUAUGUUCCUGAUAGUGAUCAAAAUUUAUUAAGUGUUGGACAACUAAUGGAAAAAGGAUUUAAAGUAUCCUUUGAAGAUAAAUAUUGUUUCAUUUAUGAUGCAACUGGACUUGAGAUUUUAAGGAUUAAAAUGAGAGGUAAAAAUUUCUUAUUUGAUCCAACCGAAGAUGAAGAAUGGAGCCAAAAGAAUCUACUAAGUGCAGGUAAUUCUCCAAUUGAGGACAUAUGUGAAAAUAAGGUAAGGAAGAAGUUGUCAAUAUUUCAGAAAAUGCAAUUCUGGAAAAAAGUUGACAAGUCUCAAGGCAAGAUGCAAAUGAAGCUGAAAAACGAGCCAACUUAUUUCAUUAACAAUCAUGAGAUGCAGCAAAAUACAGAAGUGAACUCGAUUCACUGCAAGUCCAAAGAUCAGUUGGCAGAUUUACGUACAAAGUCACUUCCAGUUAAAGGUUUACAAGGGACAAAUUCAGAAUUUGCAACUUCAAAAGCAAGGAGGAGUGUUAGAAAUAUGCUUUAGAAGCUGCUCUCAGUAAAAUUAUUUUACUGUUUCAGCUAUUUACUGCAGUAAUUUAGUUUGAAUUUGAAAUAAUUUUGAA